AUGGAGAGAAGAGGCUUUCUUAUUUCCCUCUUUCUUUUAAAUAUACUAAUACGUUGCGGAGGAUAUUGGAAGGUGAGUGGUUGUUUGGAUUGGGAGAGAAAAGCUCUCACCACCUUUCGGAAGUCUCUCAACGAUUCCUCCAGUCGUCUCUCUUCUUGGGAUGAUACCUCAGACUGCUGCAAUUGGACAGGAAUUACCUGCAACAACAAAACACAGUACGUUGUUCAUCUUGACUGCAGUCGUUUGGGCCUGAGUGACAGAAUUGAUCCAGCUGUGGUUGAACUGAAGCAUCUUCAGUUGUUGGACUUGACCUACAAUGCUUUUAAUGGUAUCCCAAUUCCACAGUUUGUGGGUUCCAUGAAGGAGUUGAGGCAUUUGAACUUGUCAGAAGCAGGGUUCAGUGGGAGAAUCCCUCAUCAGCUUGGAAACCUCUCUCACCUCAUUUCCUUGCAGCUUUCUUCAUUUUACCUAACUUCAGAUUAUUACCCCUCCCUGAGUUCCGAAAACCUGUGGUGGUUGACAAACCUAACUUCUCUCAAGUACCUCGACAUGUCUUAUGUGAACCUUUCCACGGCAAGCUAUGAUUGGCUGCACGUAAUUAACAUGUCUCCUUCCCUCAUUGAGCUAAAACUAUUCCAGUGUGGUCUUUCAUAUAUUUCUCCAACUCUUGCUUCUGUUAAUUUCACAUCUCUCCGCGUCCUUGAUCUUAGUUACAACAAUUUCAACUCUAGAAUCCCAAACUGGAUUGCUAACAUUAGUAACCUUGUGUUUUUAGAUCUCUCAAGGAAUCAGUUGAAUGGGAAUAUCCCUGCAGGUCUUGGAGGAUUGUCUUCCUUACAAUCUUUACUUCUCAGUAUGAAUCAAUUAAAUGGGAAUAUCCCUGCAGCUCUUGGAGGAUUGUCUUCCUUACAAUAUUUAGAUCUCAGUGAGAAUCUGUUGAAUGGGAAUAUCCCUGCAGCUCUUGGAGGAUUGUCUUCCUUAAAAUCUUUAGAGCUCGAGGAGAAUCGAUUGAACGGGACAAUUCCAACAAGUUUAGGAAAACGUUCUAACUUGUCGUCUCUUGACCUCUCAGACAAUUCCUUGACAGGAAAUGUGUCUGAAAGUCUUUUUGAAAACCUCAAGAAGUUGGAGGGCUUGCAUUUUUCCUCCAAUUCUUUGGUUUUUGAUCUACACCCAGAUUGGGUCCCUCCAUUUCAGCUUCAGACCAUUAGGCUGGGAUCAUCUCAUUUAGGUCCUCGAUUUCCUCCUUGGUUACGAACACAAAAAUACGUAACAAAAUUAGAUCUCUCAAACACAAGCAUCUCUGACAUCAUGCCCACCUGGUUUUGGGAUUUAACUCCCCAACUUUUUUUACUGAAUCUUUCAAAUAAUGAGAUUUCUGGCCAAUUACCCAACCUUUUAAAGAUGCAGUUUUAUGUCUACAUUGAUUUGAGUUUCAAUCGUUUCAGUGGCCCUGUACCUUGCAUAUUGAAUGGAUCCACACUACUUGAUUUCUCCAACAAUCAAUUUUCUGGGCCAAUCCCACCAAAUUUUACAUCCACGAUGCGUUAUAUGGAAUUCUUUUCUGCUGCACAUAACCAAAUCAGUGGCAUAAUUCCCUCAUCCAUAGAAGAAUUGAAACAUUUAGUUGUCCUUGAUCUUUCCCAAAACAAUAUAACUGGUACCAUUCCGUCAAGAUUGGGUAAUUGUGUAGCCCUUGAAGCACUUGAUUUGAGCAAGAACAGGUUAUCAGGAGGAAUACCCAUGUCUUUGGGUCUGUUAAGUCAACUCCAAACAAUGCACUUGAACAACAAUACCCUAUCAGGAGAAGUCCCUUCAUCUUUGAAGAACUGUUCCAGGUUGGAGACUCUCGACCUUGGAUACAAUAAUUUGUCGGGUCAUAUUCCCACUUGGAUUGGCAAAAGCUUUCCAGCUUUAAGAAUUUUGAGUUUACGAUCCAAUAUGUUUACUGGCAACAUCCCACCGCAACUAUCAAACCUAACUUCUCUUCAAAUCCUUGAUGUGGCACAAAAUUGUUUAUCUGGCACAAUUCCUCAAAGUUUUGAAAAUCUCACUGCAAUGAAAAAUAAGCUAAAGCCAAAUGGCUGUCUUUCCUAUAUACAGACAAGAAUGUUGUAUUAUGAGGAAAACUUGCUUGUGACUUCGAAGGGGCAAACACGUGAAUACACAAGAACAGUUUCACUGGUUACAUGCAUGGACCUUUCAAGCAAUAACUUAUCGGGAGAGAUCCCUGAAGGAGUCACAAGUCUUUUGGGACUACGUGUCUUAAACUUAUCUAGAAAUCAUUUCACCAGAAAGAUUCCAGAUAAGAUUGGUAAAUUGACAUUGCUGGAGUCUCUCGAUUUCUCUAAAAAUCAGCUUUCAGGCACAAUUCGACAGAGCAUCUCAAAUUUAACUUUUCUAAGUUACUUGAACUUGUCAUAUAACAACUUGUCGGGAAGAAUUCCAUUAGGAAAUCAGCUCCAGACACUUGAAGAUCCGUCUAAUUAUAUCGGCAACAAUGGACUCUGUGGACCUCCUCUUAUAGAUAACUGUGCUGGCGAUGAGACACCUCAAGGUCCACUUCCUGGUAGUACUGAUCAUGUAAAAGAAAAUGAAAAAGAGUAUGAAAUGCGUUGGUUUUACACUGCAAUGGGACUAGGAUUUCCUGUGGGUUUUUGGGCCUUUUGUGGCAUUUUAGUGCUCAAGAAAUCUUGGAGGAUUGCCUAUUACCGCUUCUUUGUUGAGAUGAAAGAAAGACUUUUUUUAACUGUUGCUUUAUGGGAUGUUAGAUUGAAGAAGUUUCUUGAAAAGCUAGGUCAUUAG